AUGCCUGAGCUAUCCGCCUACGAAAUAGAACGCCAGGCAAACAUCGCCCGCAACAAAGCGCUGCUCGAGCAGCUCGAGCUCGACGAAGCAGCAGCCGCACUCGGCGCGCAGAAGAAGCGAUCUGCGCCCACGGCCAAGCCCGUGCAGCCCGCGAAGAAAAAAGUGAAGCGCGAGUCGGACGAGAUUCCCGAACCGAGGCGGCAGAGCAGUCGAUUGAAGCGCUCGGUCGUCGACCCCGAUGAGACACCAGCGAAGAGGCGGAAGCGCGAGCAAGAGGAGGAGGCAUUGCGGAAGAAACUGGAAGAAGAGCGUCUCGCCGCGGAGGAGGCCGCUCGCGAGGCGGCGAAGCCGAGACACCACGAUAUGAACCUCCGUCUCCUCAUGGGUGAAGAGACGAUUACCACCGACAUGGAACUUGCCGCGCUUGAGGAUACGUUGAAGGUUAUCACACUGGCUCCGCAUCCCCGUCGAACCGCGGACCAGGAUGCCUUCGUAUUUGCGGAUGACAAGGAAGAGAAGCGUGCAAAGCGAGAGACAGAAGAGUUAAAGAAGAAGCUCGGGUCUUUGAAGGUUGUCUCGCGAGCAAAGGUCACCAAGGAUCGCGUGUACAGCGCUGCAUACCAUCCCGAGCCUACUAAAGACCUCGUUUUCUUCGGUGAUAAGCAUGGCCAACUCGGCAUUUGGGACGCUCGUGCACCGCCCUUCGAGACCGUCGGCGACGACGACGACGAACGUCCGCCCGAACAACGCGAAAACGGCUGCUACUGGCGCUUACAGUGUCACUGGCCCGCCACCUCUAAGUCGUCCAUCUCCUCCAUCAAGUUUUCCCCGACCGACGGCCACAGCGUCUACACCUCCGCGUACGAUAACACCGUCCGGCACAUGUCCUUCACCACCGGGCUCUCGCGCGAGGUUUUCGCGACCGACGACCGGCAGCAGCUCUUGAGUUCGCUCGAGCUGUCACCCGCCGGCAACGAGAUGUGGGUGUCUGACGGCCUCGGCGGCGUGACGCACCUCGACCUGCGCCAGGAUACGCGCAAGGGUAAGCAUCGCUGGUUCCAGCUGAGCGACCAGAAAAUCGGCUGCGUGAGCCUCAACCCCGUCGACCCACGCUUCAUGGUCACAGCCAGCAACAGCCGGAUACUAAAAAUAUGGGAUGUCCGCAAGCUUGCAGGAAUCGCCGUCGCUUCUUUAGAUGACCAAGGUAGCUCAUUGCCUACGCCUCCACCCACUUCUCCGACGAGAGGAUCCUCUCCCGCUCAUCCCAUUACAGACUCAACAGGUACGGAAUUGCAGCUUUCGGUGUACUCUCAAUCACCCGAGCUGGGCAUUGCAGAAACCCAGGAAUUUGACUUGGAGGCCAUUGGUGAAUAUAUUGCCUCGAAGAGCGGCAAGGGUACCCUCAAAGGCGAGUGGACACACCACAAGAGCGUCAGCUCGGCAUACUGGGACCCCGCCGGGAGACGGAUCGUGAGCACAAGCUACGACGAUACACUCAGACUGUGGGAUAUCAGUCCCAGUAAGCUCGACGCGCACGGCCCUUUGUCAUCGUCUCGUCCAUUCACGCAGGUUCAGCAUAACUGUCAGACGGGUCGAUGGGUAUCUGUCUUCAAAGCCCAAUGGAGCCCCAAUCCCGACGUAUAUCCACAUUUCAGUAUCGGGAACAUGAACCAGUCCCUGGAUAUAUAUUCCUGCAAGGGAGACCUUGUAGCGAGGUUAUCCGAUAGCACCAGAAUCACCGCCGUACAGGCCGUGACAGCCUUGCAUCCGAAUGUCCUUGAACGCGCCGUCAGCGGCAACGCCAGCGGGCGCUGUGUCCUAUGGGCUCCCGAGAAUCUAUUGUAACGCCUAGCAUUAAUUUAUACUUCGAUUUAUAUGUGUAUAUUGAUAUCACUGUCUAUGGAACGUCUCUCUCUUUAUCGUCAGGCACCUGACGGUUUGAUAAUUU